UUAUUAAUUGACUUAACUCAACAAUUGUUUAUUACGUUUGAAAAUUGUUGAUGAAUAUGCGCAGUUGACUUGACAUUUCAUCUUUUCUUUUAUGAUUUUUAAACAUUCAAUUAUGUCAAACUGGUCUGUAAUAAUGUCUUUUGCUGUCGUCAAAAACCACACUCAUUAAUCAAAUUUGCAUACGGGAAUGCAAACUUUAAAACAGAAAAUUCGAUACGAUAACUUCAAACGAGACUGUUUCGAUCGUGACGUUUUUGAACAAAUUUCUGCGCAUGCAAAGCUAGUGAAUCAUUCGGGAAGAGCGCUGUUCAAAACAAUUUGAAAUUUGUGAAAAUAUUUACGUUUAUUUCGAUACUUGCAAAAAAUACCAAAUUUAAAUUGGCCUGAUUUCACCAACAGCGAAGUUAGCUUUUUCGUGUGUUUACAAAGUGAGUGUGAAUGAAAAUAAACAGCUUCAAAUAUGCCUAAUUCAAUUUAUUUAUGAUCAUUAUAAAACUGUGAGGAAACUUGUUCCGUUUUGAUUAAAAAAUAUUUAAAUACAUUCAAA